CUUUCCUGUGUUUAUGACAAUGAUUUUGUGCAAGAGAUGAUCAGACCAGCCAGAGCUCAGCAGUACAAGAACAAUGCAACAGCCCCCCGAAGACAAGGCGAAAUGCAGCUGCAGGCAAAGAGUCUGGACUGCAGCGAGGAUACCUAUCUAAAUUGCUGAUAAGAGGACGCCUGCUGCUGCUCUCACAAAGUUAAUAAUGGAGCCAGCAGUGAGGAGUGAGGUCAUUCUCUCAGUUUACAUCAUUUCCUUCCUCAUAGGCCUGCCGUCCAACCUCCUGUCUCUGUACGCCUUCAGCGUUAAGAUCAACUCCAAGCCCCUGCCAACAGACAUCCUGCUUCUCAACCUGACUGUCUCUGACCUGCUCUUUCUGAUCAUCCUUCCUCUCAAGAUGCACGAGGCAGCAUCAGGCAUGGAAUGGCACUUGCCCAGCUUCCUGUGCUCCAUCACCUCCUUCACCUUCUUUUCCACAAUCUACACCAGCUCCUUGCUGCUGAUGGCUGUCAGUGUGGUCCGCUACAUCGGGGUAGCUUUCCCUGUCACCUAUCACCGGCUGCUCAAACCUGUGUAUGCAAUAGUUACCAGUGCUGUUAUUUGGUUGAUCUCAGCAGCACACUGCAGCAUCACUUUCAUUACCCAGCACCACCCAUCCCUGUCCAGCAAAAACUCCAGUGUGUGCUAUGAGAACUUCACUGAGAAACAGCUGAAGGUCCUCCUCCCUGUUCGUUUAGAGUUUUUCUUCGUGCUGUGCCUCAUACCUCUUCUGAUCUGUGUUUACUGCUACAUGCACUGCAUCUUGAUCUUGUACAGUCGCCCCAGGAUAUCCCGGAUGCAGAAGCAGAAGGCCAUUGGUAUGGCCAUGGGGACUCUAGCUGUGUUUCUCAUUUGUGUGCUGCCAUACAAUUUCUCCCAUUUACUGGGUUACUUCAUGAAUGAGAGCCCAAAAUGGAGGUACUACACUUUGCUACUCAGCACCUUCAACACCUGUAUUGAUCCCAUUAUCUUCUACUAUUCCUCCUCCUCUUUCCACUGCAAUAGUAAAAAGUCAAUUUUCAGGAAGCAUGUAGUCACUGUUCCAGGAUUACAAAAGCAGCCCACGAGCUCUGGCUAAGUGUAAAAUGCACUUUCUAUACAAAAUGUACAUAUAUAGCAUCAAUGUUAUUAUUGUAAUGUAUAUUAUAGGUAUUAUUAUAACUUUUAUUGUUUUCUU